AUGGUCACGGUGCAGAGAAACAAAGCCUCCGUUUCAGAGCAGGUUUUCUGGGUGAUGCAGAGCCCCCCCCCUUCCCCGCCCCCUUCCCCGCCCCCUUCCCCUCCGCUCCUGCUCCAACUAGGCGGCGAUGCUUUGGGGGCGUCCCUGCGCAUCAGCUGUUUGGCGCUCUGGCUGCGGGCAGCCGGUGCUCGUUUGCCAGCUGAGAGGCGCGGCUCUCCUUUCCAAGCUGCUUGGCUGUUGGCUCUCGGGGUUGUGAACACGCCUUCCUCGACGAGAGGGCGGCUUUUCCUCCCCGCCGAGAGUCAAGGCAGGAAGCGCAGCCUGAAAGGGCGCGGCUCCGUUACACCGACUGCACAGAGAGGCCAGAGCCACGCAGGCGCGCUGGGGGUCUUUCUUCCCCCGUACAGCUCCUCCGAAAGCGAGCGGGCAGCGGGCAGCGGGCGAGCCGCCUUCGCCUCCGCCUUCCUGCAGAGACCGCGGAGGGGCAGCGAGCGGCGUUCGGCGCGGCUUUUGCUUCAGGCAUCCCCAGGACGGUCUGGUCCAGCACACGAUGGUGCUGCCUGGAAGUCUGUGUCGCAGGGCAGGGACACGGAUCGGUCAGUUAACAUGGGGAAGGUGAAGAGUUUGACAAUAAGCUUGGACUAUCUUAAUGACAGCAGUGUCUAUUCGAGGGGGGACACAGUCUCCGGAAGGGUGCAUUUGGAAGUUACCGAAGAAAUUACAGUCACAUCGCUUAAAAUACACGCAAAAGGACUUGCAAAUGUACGCUGGACUGAAUCGAGAAGUGGCGACACUUCCGACGAUAGUUACUGGGCAACUGAAAAAUAUUUCAAGCAUAAGGAUAUCUUGUUUGGGCAGGAAAGAGGUAAGGCUGACUUUGAAGAAGGUGACCACAUCAUUCAUUCAGGAUGGCAUGAAUAUGCAUUCAGCUUUCAGCUUCCACAGGUAUCACUCCCUACCUCAUUUGAAGGCAUUCAUGGCAGUGUGCGUUAUUGGGUGGAAGCAAAAUUGCACAGGUCUUGGCAUCUACCAGUAAAAUCAAAGAAGGAAUUUACGGUUGUUGAACAUAUAGAUAUCAACACUCCUUCAUUACUGUCACCCCAAGUAGGAACAAAAGAAAAGACCGUGUGCUGCGGGUUUUGUGCCUCAGGCCCAAUAUCCUUAAGUGCCAAAAUCGAAAGGCAGGGCUAUACCCCAGGUGAAUCAAUUCAGAUCUUUGCGGAGUUUGAGAACUACUCUUCCCGAAUGGUGGUACCAAAGGCUGCCAUUUAUCAAAUGCAGACAUACCAUGCCAAUGGAAGAACGAAGAAAGAAAAUAAACUUGUGGCCAUGCUGCAAGGAGAGUCCCUGUCACCAGGGAAGACAGAAACCUGGAAUGGCCAACAGCUGAAAAUUCCACCUGUUUCCCCAUCAAUCCUUGAUUGUAAAAUAAUUCGUGUGGAAUAUAAUCUAAUGGUAUAUGUUGCUAUUCCAGGUGCAAUAAAUUUGUCCCUUAAUUUACCACUUGUCAUUGGUACCAUACCAUUACAUCCAUUUGGCAGCAAAACAUUAAGUAUGACCAGCCGAUGUAGCAUGAAUUUGCAGUUGUUUUUGGAGCUAGCAAAAACAAGAAUGCUGGAUUUAUUAUGCUUCCAGAAUGUUUGA